UGUCUCGAUCUAAGACUCCCCCCUCCCUGUGUCUGACAUCCUAGACGAGCAACGGUUAUCAGUCGGUCGCUCAGAAAUACCCAGAAAAGAGACAGGGAAGGAGACGACUCGAUUUCGGACCUGCUUCAAAGCCCGAUCAGAUCCCUGGCCAACUAAAUCCUUAGGUCUGCAUUCGCAAUGAAAGGAGCGACUAGCCGAAGGCUCGAGAAUUCGAAGCACCAUAUUUCUUUUUCCCGGGUCUCGAGACUUGUACCAUUUAUCCAGGCUGUGCCACCGUGACAGGCUGGAUGCGUGUUCGGUUUUGAGGCAAUGUCCAUCGUUCUAAACUGUCAGCAAGUUGGAGAACAGCAUGACACCGAGUAGUGUAUAAUAGCUGGGAUCUGUCCAAGACGCAGUAUGGCCAAUGUCACAGCGGCUGAGCCUCCGCCAGGACAGACGUACGACUUUGAUUACUCCAGUCCUCACUUAUACAGGGCCAAUGUGGUGAUUAUCGCCUUGGGCUUGACACUGAGUACAAGCUGCCUCGCUGUGCGAGUAUUCACCAAGGCACAGCUGCUGCACAAGUUCGGAUGGGACGACGGAUCGAUCAUUCUGGCCUGGCUGUUCGCCUCAGGAACUCAGGCAUGCUCGCUUUACGGCUACCACCACGGAGGCAUGGGCCUUCAUAUCUGGAAUCUUUCCCCGGAGAUAUAUGAAUCAUACAUCAAGGUCGUCCUCACAGCCGCCAUCAUCUAUGUCCCAGCGCUUGCCCUCGCCAAGAUAAGCCUGAUCAUUCUUUACUACCGCAUCCUAUGUCAAGAACGCUACCAGCAAUGGGCGUUGUCCACGCUCGCUUUCAUCGUCAGCAGCUAUAGCGUAGCCCUGAUAUUCGCAUUCAUUUUCGGCUGUCACCCCAUCCAGAAGGCAUGGAGUCCAGCACUCACGGGCUACUGCAUCGAUCAGUAUGCACUUUACGUCGCCACCGCAGUGUUGAAUAUCAUCACAGAUGUUGCAUUGAUUCUGUUCCCAAUCCCUACAGUUGUAGGGUUGAACAUGCCAACGAUACAGAAGAUAGGGUUGCUCUUCAUGUUCAUGGCUGGAUGCGCAACCUUAGCAACCGGGAUCAUUCGUUUGGCAACCCUUAUUCCUUUCUUGAACUCUAGCGAUCCGACCUACAGCAUCGGCUGGCCGGAUCUGUGGAUAAACAUCGAAGCCAACUUUAUCAUCAUCUGUCCCUGCUUACCGUUCAUCCGUCAUCUCCUCCGUCGUUAUGCGCCCCGCCUGAUUGGCGAGCAUAGCAGUCUCGCGCGUGGCUACAUGCAGAACUACCCCUACAACUAUACUCGGGAAAGCACGCGGGCACGGCGGAAAGAAGGACUCACCCAGCUGCAAGAUGAGAUCGAACUCGUUGAGAACGGCAACGUGAAGAUUGUGAAAGAGAUCCAGUGGGAAGUCACUACUGAGGUGACGACCCGCGUUCAAGGGCAUGGAUCCGAGGAGGAGAUGAAUCGGCAUAGUGCCAUUUUUGGGGGAAAUUAGCGGGACUCGUCUGUAUAUAGGGCCGUAAAACAUCAGAC